GCGGGAGACAGGAAUUGAAAAGAGAUUUGCCGCCAAUAACGAGUUGGACCUGCGAUGCCCUGCGAAAGAAAGCCGAUGCGCUACGGCCACUCAGAAGGCCACACGGAUGUCUGCUUUGACGAGCACGGCAAGUACAUUGUCACGUGUGGAAGCGACGGAGACGUGCGCAUAUGGGAAAGUCUAGAUGACGACGAUCCUAAAUCCAUAAAUGUUGGAGAGAAGGCCUACUCUGUAGCUUUGAGAGGCGGGAAAUUAGUCACCGCCGUCUCCAACAAUACGGUUCAGAUCCACACGUUCCCCGACGGAGAUCCCGAUGGAAUCCUCACCCGCUUCACCACCAACACCAACCACGUCACGUUCAACUCCAGCGGCACGAGAGUCGCGGCUGGCUCCAGUGACUUUAUGAUAAAGGUGAUCGAGGUGACUGACAGCAGUCAGCAGAAGACUUUCCGUGGGCAUGAAGCACCUGUUCUCAGUGUGACCUUUGACCCCAGGGAUGAGUAUAUUGCCUCGUCCAGCUGUGACGGAUCAGUGGCAGUGUGGUCUGUAGACGAGCAGACUCAGGUGGCGAACUGGACGGUGCUGCAGAAGUCGAGCGACGUGAGCAACGCCAAAUCUCUGUGCAGACUCGCGUGGCAAGGCUCCGGGAAGCUGCUUGCAGUUCCAGUCGACACCACAGUACAGCUGUAUGAGAGAGACUCCUGGACUCAUGUUGGAACUCUUUCUGAUGACCUCCUCACUCAGGUCAUUAACGUGGUGGUUUGGUCGCCGUGUGGGAAGUUUCUGGCAGCGGGAACGCUCGGAGGAACUCUCUCUGUUUGGGACGUCGACGCCAAGCUGUGUGUUGAGAGGCAGAAGCAUGAGAAAGGCUUCACGGUGUGUGGCAUGGCCUGGCAUCCCGCCGGCGGACAGAUCGCUUACACGGACACUGAGGGCUGCCUGGGCCUGCUGGACGGAGUGUGUGCAUCUUCCUCAUCUUCAUCCUCUGCUACCGUCAAGAGCAGUACGGCUGCUGAGAGUAAAGAGCAGAACGGUUAUGACGAUCUGUUUGACGAGGACGACGGCGGUUUGCUGGACGAAUGUCGGAGCGUCUCGGCGGCUGAAGACGACGAUGACUCCAUGCCGGCCACUCGCAAACCGCGCAACAGGGGCAACGUCCUGGACGAUGACGAGAACUCUCGAGACACCGGCUCAGUGAAGGUGGAUCGUUUAGCUCUGGAUGAUGGAGAGAGCGAUGUUUUUCCCGCUACGGCGCCCCCUGCUGCAGCUGCAGCGGCACCGCGCCCGGUUUACGAGGGCCCCAUGCCUACGGCGCCUCAGAGAGCCUUCCAGCCCGGCUCCACUCCGGCACACCUCAUGCACCGCUUCAUGGUCUGGAACUCGGUGGGUAUCGUGCGCAGCUACAACGACGAACAGGACAACGCCAUCGACGUGGAGUUCCAUGACACGGCUGUCCAUCACGCCAUGCACCUCACGAACACGCUCGAGCACAGCAUGGCCGAUCUCUCCCAGGAGGCCGUUCUGCUCGCCUGCGAAGGCACCGACGAGCUCGCUAGCAAGCUGCAGUGCCUGCACUUCUCCUCCUGGGACACCAGUAAGGAGUGGGUAGUGGACUUGCCCAAAGGCGAGGACGUGCGGGCGAUGUGUUUGGGACGAGGAUGGGCGGCGGCAGCGACCAGUGCCAUGCUGGUGCGUCUUUUCUCUAUCGGCGGCGUCCAGAGAGAGAUCUUCAGCCUCCCGGGCCCUGUAGUGUGCAUGUCGGGCCACGGGGACCAGCUUCUUCUGGUCUAUCACAGAGGGACCGGGUUUGACGGCGAUCAGGCUCUCGGGGUGCAACUUCUGCAGCUCGGCCCGAAAAGGAAGCAGAUCAUCCAGGGAGAAGCUCUGCCUCUUUCCAGGAAGUCGCACCUGUCGUGGAUGGGCUUCAGUGCAGAAGGAACGCCGUGUGCCGUGGACUCGGAGGGCGUGGUGCGCAUGCUGAAUCGCUCGCUGGGAAACACGUGGACUCCUGUGUGUGACACCAGAGAAAGCUGCAAGAGCAGGUCGGAUCAUUACUGGGUCAUCGGCGUCCACGAGAAUCCGCAGCAGCUCAGGUGCAUUCCGUGUAAAGGAUCCGUAUUCCCGCCGACGCUUCCUCGUCCUGCCGUCGCCGUCCUGCCCUUCAAACUGCCCUUCUGCCAGACCAGCACGGAGAAAGGCCAGAUGGAGGAGCAGUACUGGCGUUCGGUGCUCUUCCAUAACCACUUCGGCUUCCUGGCGUCCAGCGGCUACGAGACGGAUGAGGAGAGUCAGAGGCAGCAGGAUAAAGAGCAGCAGGAGCUGCUGAUGAGGAUGUUCGCGCUGUCGUGUAAGAUGGGACGCGAGUUCCGCUGCGUCGAGCUGGCCGAGAUGAUGCCGCAGAACGUGGUGACGCUCGCCAUCCGCUACGCUUCACGCUCCAGGCACAUGAUCCUCGCCCAGAAGCUCAACGAGCUCGCUCUGGAAAAGGCCAGUCAGCUACAGGAGGAGGCGGAGCCAGAGGAGGAGGCAGCCUAUUACAGCCAGGCACAAAAUGCGAGGGUUAAUCAAGCCAGUCGAGUCGCUAGAUACUCCAGCAGCAGAGCGGCGCAGGAAGACUGUGAUGAUGAAGAGCAAGAAGAUGAGGAUGUGCAGGAGGAACCGAUGGAGGAAGAGGACGCGCCGGAAAGCAAAAAGUUUCGUCUAAAUCCAUUUAGUAGAAGCACCAAAUCACCUGAAAGACCUUCAAUCAAACCCGUCAGCAAAGAAGGCCGUGUGAACCCCUUUAAGGUCAGUGGAUCAGGAAAGCCGUCCACAUCUCCAUCACCGCAGCCCAGAGCUACGAACGUCCUGGACACCAUGACGGCAUCCAACAGGAAACAGGCGGCUUCGGCUAAAGCGCCGGUGCUAAAGCCUCUGGCGCCAAAACCGCGCUCGAAGGCUCAGGCUACGUUGCUGCAGAUGAGUGCAUCUAAAGGAGCGUCUAAGAAGCUACAGGAGAAGGAAAAGGAGGCGGAGAAACCGAGAACAGAAAUACCCGAGAAACCAGCAGAAGAACCUGAAGAGAACGUGGAGAACGCCAGACCGAAGACCGGGUUCCAGCUGUGGCUCGAGGAGAACAGGAAAAGCAUUCUCGCUGAGAACCCUGACCUGGAAGAGAUGGACAUCAUCAAAGAGGCUAUGAGUCGCUUCCGUACGCUGUCAGGAGACGAGAGGCUGAAGUGGACGGAGAAAGCGAAAGGGCCGACCCGAGAGGGUGCAGACCUCAAGAAGAGGAAGCGGGAUGAAGAGGUGAAAAACGACGUGGACGGGCAGGUGGACGCUGAUGAAAGCAGUGCCAAGAAGAAAAAGCCUUUAGAUACUUCGGCUAAGCUCUCGGCGUUCGCCUUCGACAAGAAUUAACACCCAAGUUUAGUGUUUCUCAUUUUUUUACUCUUAUUUUAAGACUCGCAAGUGCGUAUAGAUCUUUGUAAACUUUAAACCUUUUCAUUAUUGUACUGUUUCCUAUUUUCAUCUUGUUCGUUGAGGUUUGUACAUAUUUCUGUGAACUGUUUAAUUAUAUAUGAACCAGAAGACAAAUAAAGUGUUGACUUUUAUAA